AACCUCAUUACAAGUGGGGAGAGUGCUUUCAAGACAACCUGCAAGCCAUUAGAAUAUUAUAUUUCACAUUUCAAACGGCGUAAAGUGGGUUAGGUUAGAGGCAAUGUAAUUUGAUUCGUCAAACAGCAGCCAGUAGGUGGUGUUUAGACUUAGUGUCUCUGUCUCAUUGAGCAAGGACAAUUCUUGAAUGGGAUACCGGAAUGGGCAGAGCAGGGGGAAACAACAAACUGCAGAAGGAUCUCAUUACCGUGCGCUGACACUUAGCAGGGGCAGAACGCAUUUAUACUUUUGUAGAACAUAGUUCCCUCAUGUUUUUGAGAGGCGUUAAAUCACAAGAUUAGUGUGCCACCACAAAGGAAGAGCGACAAAGAACAGGAUUCGAAGGACAAAGGAAAGCUGUUUUAAUUGAUUUCAAACAACAGAACUACUACAAUUGGGAAAACAUGACAUGUUUUCAAGUACAUUUUCCCCCCACUGAACGUUUGCGGUAUUCCUGUUAAGAGGAAUGUAAUGCAACGUACUGUACAAUUAUAAAGGAAUUAACUUUACAGUGACAUUCGAGACAAUUUGUUAACCAUCUAUUCGGAGACAAAGAGCAAGACAUUACCUUUCGCUUGAGAUAAGACUGGAAUUUAUAUUCUGCAAGGACACGGAACGCGUUCAACAAUAUGGGAAAAGGAUCCUUCCCUGACCUGUAAACAUGUAUCCGUCACACAGAGAAAGGGAACAACCCAUCUUCAGUGCGAGAGCGCACGUCUUCCAGAUAGACCCGGCCACCAAGAGGAACUGGCUUCCGGCCAGCAAGCAUGCCGUCACUGUCUCCUUCUUCUACGAUGCCAAUCGGAGUGUGUACCGCAUCAUCAGUGUGGGGGGCACCAAGGCCAUCAUCAACAGCACCAUCACCCCCAACAUGACCUUCACCAAAACCUCCCAGAAGUUUGGCCAGUGGGCUGACAGCCGCGCCAACACCGUGUAUGGCCUGGGCUUUGCCACCGAGCAACAGCUUCAGCAGUUUUCAGACCAGUUCAAGGAAGUGAAAGAAGCAGCGCGUCUUGCAAGGGAGAAAUCACAGGAGAAAUUUGAACUGACCAACCCUGCGCUGAAUAUCGCCGCCCCACAGGACUUAUCAGAGGACCGCCACUCGCCACCGCUGCUGACUGUCAACGGACCAGAGGACAAGCUGUUCCGCAGCAAGAGCGCCGACAUGGAGCAGCUGACGUCGGAGAAGGAGCGCAUUAAGAAGAUGCUGUCUGAAGGGUCCAUAUGUGAGAUUAACCUGGAGGCAGAGCUGUUCACCCUGCAGGAUAGCAACGCUAAGCUAGUGGCGGCGCUUCACGAGGCUAACACUGGCGUGGAAGAGUGGAAGAAACAGCUGGCUGAGUAUCAGGAGGAGACUGGCAGGCUCCGAGAUCAGGUGGCAGAGCUGGAGGCUCAGAGCGGGCGGCCUGGUCCCAGUGAAUCUGAGACGAGGGAUGAGCUGACCCAGACGUUAGAGGAGUUGGAAGCCUUGCUCAAAGCUAAAGACGAGGAAAUCCACAAUCUACAGAGCAAGAAUUCAGAUAUUCCUGAUUUAGAGAAAGAGAGGGAAGAGGCGAUUCAGAGACUUCAGGAUCUGGAGACACGGAAUGCAGAACUUGAGCAACGGGUGGAGAAAGCCGAGCAGACUCUGGCUUCCUCGCUGGAGGAGCGGGAUAGGGCGGAGAGUGAGGUUCAGCGGGUCAUCGACGUCCUGGAUGUCAAGAUCUACGACCUGAAUGACCUACGACAGAGCUUGACCAAGCUCAUCGACAAAUAGCGCAACGCGAUGACAGGAUGGUAGACGGCGAUGGACAAGGACGGAAAGGAAGCUAGCUCUUUUGGAACAAUGUUUGCUUAAGCACAUUAUUACAGAGGUUAAGAGUAGAACCGUGGAUCCACCCGUUGCAGCGGUACAUUGCUCCUACCCACCACCUUGAAAAUAACAAUCUAAUAUUUUUUCUUUGUCGCUGUGAGAAUUGUUGAGUCGACGUUUACACCAUUUAUCUCAAUGUUUUGUUGGGUUAUGAUUCAGUCAACCUGCUAUUAUAGAAGUUAUCUUGAACUUUUAAAAGUAGUUGAAUUGAAUCUGGGCUUGUACUUAAAAAUGUAGUUGCCAAAUUAUUGUUUCCGUUUGUCAGUAUUAACAAUUAAUAAUAGAUUUACUUCUGUUGUUUUAUAUAUUGUAUUACAUUAACAGAUAACAUCAUUAUUUGAUCAUCCUACGGUAAUGUUGCUGCGGAGGGUUUACCACCAAGGGUACUCAAUGACAAAACUUAAUGAGCUCAGUGAAGAACCUUGCCAAGUACAGUAAUGUGAGUUAUGCGCAUUACCCAAUGUGCAACCUUUUACAAAUAGAUUUAAAAGCACAAGUAGUGUUAUUAGUAAAGAUGUACUGUACUUGAUUCAAUGCAAAAGCUAACCUGGUAUCUCUACUUUCACUGAUGCACACCAUCAAGAUUAUCUUCUGACCUAGGCAUUGAGGCAUUUUUUCAUGGUAUUAUUUAGGUAUAAAUAAGGUUAAAUCAGUGUUGAAUUAGCAAUACAGUUUUUUUUGACAAGUACUCUGUAGGUAAUGUAAUCUCACCUUGUUCAUGUAGACAAACUGCAAUUCUGUUGAACAAUGACCACAUUUACAUACAUUUCAGAUAGUAGCUCAUAUCCUGCUUAAGGUCUUAUUCGGGAUAAGCUGUUUACAUGCACCUUUGAUAUCCCGCUCACAAGUAUCCAUGUGACUAAAUAGAAUAUUCCUAAUUUAAGUUCAUAUGGGUUAAAUGGAAAAGUAGCUGAGAUGUGGACACUGACUGUCAGCCUAUAACCUCUCACAUGUAGAGUAAUAUAACAUUAACUACUGCAGAAUAAUGCAUUUCUUACUGUAAAAUGGUACAACAAAUGUUAAUUUUGUCUCGGGAACAGGAGUGGAGAAAUAUACAUAUUUUCUUUCAGCAUCUCUUGAGAAAAUGUGAAUACGUGUGUAACAUGUUAUAUUUGACACUGUUAUGCAAACAGACAGUAGUUCAACCACACAAAAUAUGCACCUGAGAUGAACUGAAGUCUUAUCAGAAGUGUUUUCCAUGGUUUUCUCAGCUUUUCAUUUAACCUUAACCAGUCAAAUUGAUGAAAUUUUGACAUUUUCCACAGGAACAAUUUUUCUACUGAUUUGGAGUUAGUGUUUUCUCCCAGGUCCCAAAACGAAACAGACAACUUUACUGGUAAUUAGAUUAGUAAUGCAUUCAUUACUUUAUUUAGUCUUCUAGGGCAUCAAGUUAUUACGAAAGAGAAGCUGCAUGAACAGUGCAUUCAGAAAGUAUUCAGACCCCUUGACUUUUUCCACAUUUUGUUAUAUUAUUCUCAAAUUGCUAAAAUUAUUUUUAUCCCCUCAUCAUUCUACACACAAUACCUCAUAAUGACAAUGUUUGGGGUGCAAAUUUAUUACAAAUAAAAAACAGCUAUCACACAUUUUACAGUAUUCAGACCCUGUCCUGUACUCAGUACUUUGCUGAAGCACCUUUUGUAUUGACAACAGCAUCGAGUCUUCUUGGGUAUGACGCUACAAGCUUGGCACACCUGUAUUCUGCUCUGCAGAUCCUCUCAAGCUCUGUCAGGUUGGGAGUCAUUUAGGUGCCUUUGGAAAAUUUCAAGUGGGCUGUCAUGAACCUUUUUACUGAGCAGUGGCUUCCGUCUGGACACUAUAUCAUAAAAGUCUGAUUGGUGGAGUGCUGCAGAAAUAGUUGUCCUUCUGUAAGGCUCUCCCAUCUCCAGAGAGUGGGGGGGUAAUUUAAUCAAUUUUAGAAUAAGGCCAUAACGUAACAAUGUGGAAAAGGGGAAGGGGACUGAAUACUUUCCGAAUGCCCUGUAUCGAACUAUAGUUGUCAAACAAACGGUCUUCAAAAUGUUGGAAAUGAUAAGCAGAAACAUAUCUAAAUUAGGGGUGAAAGUAGCCUAAGUCAUUAAGCUAUACAGUCCAGUAGCCUACGGAGUAUUAGAAAAACAAAUUAUUAUGGUGGAUGGAAAUGCGCAUGUAGCCAACUUUUUGAAGUGAUUUGUUUGAGAAUCAGAGGAAAACAUCACAGCACCCAUGAUAUGCGAAACUGAGCCCGUGCAGACCUCGAAAAACAACAGUAGGCCUAAACGGGAUAAGAUGUUUACAUACCACGGUAUCCCGUCUAAGAUCAGAAUAUCCCAGGCUCCCAACAUCUCCGUGCUAGAGGUGUCACUACAGACCCUGGUUCGAUUCUAGGCGGUAUCACAACUGGCCGUGAUUGGGAGUCCCAUAGGGCAGCGCACAAUUGGCCCAGCGUCGUCCGGCCAUCAUUGUAAAUAAGAAUUUGUUCUUAACUGACUUGCCUAGUUAAAUAAAGGUUUUUAAAAAACGUGUUUCUCAAAACCGGAAUAUAAGAUUUUUCGGGUUAUUGUAUGUGUUUUAUAUAUGCGUCAACUCAAAAACAGAAUACUUGAGUUUCCCCCAAAAUAAUGGGAUAUUGGUAUGCAUGUAAACAUGGUCUCUGCUGUCCCUACCUAAAAGUGUGACUGUCAUCCAAUAAUUUAUCUGGAAGUGCAACCUGCUCUGUGUACCUCUUGAUGCCUAGAAGUACACAGAGGAGAGGGGGGGCAGGCAUGGUCAUAUCAACAUGGUUGUUUUCCUAGCCCAUCUCCAACCUUCUGGAGAAGACUUGACAGAAAAUGUGAUCAUCCCACUGGAGUGAUGAUACAAAAUGCAGUACCAAAGAUGCACUUUUCUUACCCACAUAACUGGAUGAAGCACAACUGACUGGAAAAAUAUAUAUUGGAAUGCCUUUGGAAUUAUUCUGUAAUUAAAAUGUGUAGGGUCUGUAGUGUUCUCUUACUCUUAAUACACUUGACAACCACUAAUACUUCAAAUACCUCAUCGACCUGCUUUGAACUCCAAGUGUCUGAGCACUUUCAAAUUAUGAUUAUCCUUGUAAUCACAUUGGACAGGUGGUUUAUAUUUGUUGCAUUAUUUAACAAGGAUACAUGUUUCCUGUAUUAAAACAGGGCCUUAAUCACACUUGCCUGACUUUACUUUCUGCAUAGGAGGAACCCAUGUUUAUAAUAAUGGAAGUUACAAUGUGCAAGUAUUUGUAUGCAAUUCAACAUUAAACUUAGCUAAAACAUU